CAGUCGUACGCAUCAUACGCAUCGCGGGCCACACGCGAUGAACGCCGAGCACGACGCGAUGACCGAGAGCGCUACGACGAGGAUCGGCGACGGCGCGAGGGGCGCGAUAACCGACUUCACGAGCGCGAUGAGCAAUUGGACGAACGGGCAGGUACACGACCGAAAAUUGUGAUGCCCACGUUCACGGGGACAGAUCCGGACGCAUGGUUGAGUCGAGCUUUGCAAUUCUUUGAGAUCAAUGAUGUGCCAAGGUACGAACGAGUACAAAUUGCUGCCUAUCACCUUGAUGGGGAAGCUAACGUUUGGUGGCAAUGGGUGAUGCACAAAAACCAUGGCGAGUACAUGCGAUGGAGAGAUUUUGAAAAAGAGCUUAUCAUGAGGUUUGGCUCGAGUGACUACCACGAUUACAACGAGGCUUUGUCAAGGAUCAAACAAGUGGGUAGUCUGAGGGAUUAUCAAAAAAAGUUCGAGCGAAUCGCUAGUAGGGUACGAGACUGGCCCGAGGCUGCGUUAGUGGGAACGUUUGUUGGAGGACUUAAAGCUGAACUGGCAGCCGAAGUGAGGUUGGACAGGCCAGGCUCGAUGCGAGCAGCCGUUGAGUCGGCUAGAUUGCACGAGGAACAUCUUGUGGCGGUGCGCAAGGCCAAGCCGAACGACACACGCACGGAGACCAAGCGCACGAACGCCGCAACCGAAGAACUGGCAGGGCGAACGGAGAGCAAACCGAUGGGCAAGAUUGUUCGAACGACGAGCAACAUACGACGGCUUACCAACAAAGAGAUGCAACGACGGCGAGAAAAAGGCCUUUGCUAUUCGUGCAAUGAAAAAUUUACGCCAGGCCACAGGUGCAAGGGUAAGGAGGUCUUUUUGUUGGAAUUUGAGGAAGAAGAAGAACCGAGAGAGGAGUCCCUAUUACAUAUGGUUAAAAGCAAGAAACGUGGUCCGAAGAUGAUCACAUUCACGGCUGAAGUAGGAGGAAAAUUGGUGGAAGUGCUGGUCGAUAGCGGAUCUACGCUAAACUUCAUUGAUGAGGAGUUGUCUAAAGAAAUCGAGAUUCCAUUCACCAAGGUAAAACCUUUUGGAGUAAAGGUUGCAAACGGGGAAACACUACGAGGAGAUAUUUUAUUCAAGGGUGUAAAGUUGAAAGCUCAAGGUCAAAGGAUGAGAGUGGAUCUCUAUGCAUUGCCAUUGAAGGCAGCUGAUGUAGUGCUUGGAUGCCAGUGGUUGGAGACUCUUGGUCCAAUCACAACCGAUUAUUGGAAAGGAACUAUGGAGUUCGGGAGGUCAAGCGAGAGGGUCAAGUUGAGGACUGAGGAUCCAGGCGG